ACGAGAGAAGCAGCGAGAGAAAGUCUUUCGCUGGCCUCUCUCCUGCCUUGAUUCCUUCGUCCUUGUUUCUUUCUUGUUUCUUAUCGACUUCCCUCCUUUUGCCCUUACACCAUUUAAUUCAUUCAUCUCCAUAUUGAGCUUUGUUUAUUUCUCUGACCCGACUGGUUCCUCCCCCAACUUGCUCGCGUGGCUCUAUGACCAGCCUCUCUCGCCGAUCCUCCAACUUUAGAACGCUUUCCUCGAUUGCCCUUCCUUUCAUCGACUUUCCUUUCGUCUCCUUCAUGGGCCAUUGCCCGUGAUUGACCCUCUUUUACAACUCGACCCUUUUCAUUAUCAGCCGAUCGCCCGACCGUUACGGCUCUUUCACGAUGAGAGUCCAACGCCUCUCGCCAUUUGUCCUUUUCCUCCUCCCCGCGCUAUCGGCAGCCUUUGCAGACCUCACUCCGAAUAGCAAUGUCCCUGGACGGCGCGCCGCUUUUGACAGCGAUUCCGUGUCCCCGGACUUCGAUGAUUACGCUCCGGUCCGCGCGAACCCCAAGGUCGCAAAAGGAACGCAGGACGCCCCGGUUGAUGGCAGAGACGGCCGACCUCACGCUGGCCCGUGGGUAGAGACAAGCGCUGAGCGGGACCGCAAGAAGGCAGGCUCGGUCGUGCCUUCGGAUGCCCCGUCAAAUCCCAAAGUUGCCCAGCAUUUGGGUCCAGAUGGAAAUCCGAUCCCCUAUUCGAAUGAUGGAGUGAUGGACGAUCCGAACCGGACGGGUCCGAAAGAAGGCACUCGAGGCACCGAGGGCGGAGUGUCGGAGAAAUUGAAGGAUACUUAUACUUCGGAGAAGACUCCUGAUGCUCCCAAAGAAGCUCCUCCUUUGCCUCAUAGUGAGAAGCCAAACACUCCUUCCCAGGACAGCACGGAUGAGUAUUCCAAAGGACCCGGAGACUCCACCUUGGGGAAGCUGGAGAAACCCGCAGACUUGCCUGAGAAGCCGCAUGACAUCCCACACCCCAAAUCCCCCGCCCCCGUGAGCGAAGAUCCCCUUGGUUUUGAGAAACCCGGCAGCUCUGCUGGUGCCACUCCUGGUGCGGUCGGAUCUGGAGAGCCGGAGAGCGACCCGUUGCACUCCCUCCUCUUCUCCUUCACCAUGAUCAUCGUCUCCGAAAUUGGCGAUAAGACAUUCCUGGUCGCAGCUUUGAUGGCGAUGCGGCACCCGCGCCUUCUUGUCUUCUCCGCUGCCUUUGCCGCAUUGAUUGGCAUGACCGUGCUAUCGGCUGUCCUGGGGCACGCCGUGCCGACACUUAUCCCUAAGUCUUUCACCAAGAUUCUCGCUGCCGUUCUCUUCUUCAUUUUCGGUUUGAAAAUGCUGAAGGAGGGUCGCGAAAUGUCGCCUGACGAGGGUGUUGGCGAGGAGAUGAAGGAAGUCGAAAUGGAGCUGGAAGAAAAGGAGCAAGAGCAGAUGCGGAUGAACCGCCGUCGCUCCUCCGUCACCCCUCACUCUCUUGAAGCCGGCCGUGCCGGAGGACGCCGCAAGUCUCGAUCGUCUGCCAACCGUCUCCCUUCUCCCCCCGAGAGCCUUUCGUCCUCUUCCUCCCGCGACUCGUCCCCCGCACCCGGUCGCCGGCUCAACGAUGUCUUGGUCGGAAUGAACAACCUUUUCUCCCUUCUUCUCAGCCCUGCCUGGGUUCAGACCUUCGCUAUGACUUUCCUUGGCGAAUGGGGCGAUCGCAGCCAAAUUGCCACCAUCGCCAUGGCCGCCGGUCAAGACUACUGGUGGGUGACCGUCGGUGCGAUCACUGGACAUGGCAUCUGCACCGCUGCGGCGGUCAUUGGCGGCAGUGCUAUCGCAGGCCGAGUUAGCAUGCGCGUUGUAACACUUGGCGGUGCCACGGCCUUCCUUGUCUUUGGAGCCAUCUAUCUGAUCGAGGCCCUGUAUUAGCGCCUCUAUUUGUUUCCGCGCAUACUCUUCUAUAGUGUCUUUUAAUAAUCUUGGGUGAUUUCCCUGUACAAUAUAGAAUUGGGAAGCCAAUUGAGCCAGAUGUAUACAUUAUUGGAGGCUCUUUCCUGGCUAUGUGAUAAUGAUAAAGAAUACACAUCAUUUACGGCCGGUGAUCUUUUCUGUAGCUACCGUGGAUUACUCUUUUGCUCUGAACCCAUCUUACUGUAGUAUAAGAUUCCCACGAGAUCAAUCCGUUUAUUUUCCAGUACUAGUACCGCCAGCAACAAGUACACUCUUAUGACCAACCGAUAGACCAAUGAGACAUGUCAUCUCUGACCAGGGACCGUGAGCAAUGUGGCCAGGGUCAAUCAACUUGGAACACUAGUCGCUAAUAUCGGCAUAGAUAGCACGAUUGUCCAGGAACCGCAGACACAAACCUGUUCAUCUGCGCUAACAACCAGGGACUACUCCGCAGAGUCCUCCUGGUCUGGGUCGGGCGGGAAGUUAGGGCUACCGACUUGGGCCCACUGAAUCGUGCUAUUCUUAGCGGGUCUUCGCUUCUAUUUUUGCAAUUCUACCC